AUGGAGGAGGAAGACGCACGCGAGGUCGAACUCACCACCAUAGCCGCCAUCUACCCAGAACUGCAGAUCGACGAGAAUGACUCCCACCGAGUGUCUAUCGAUCUUCCCGUGACCUUGACGAAGCCUCUGACCGUCCUAUUCCCAGCCGCUACGGAUGCCGCGCCGCCCGUCGCACCUUCACAAGAGCCCAUCCUGCCGGUAACGAAUGUGGAAUCACAGACGCUGCUGAACCUACCAGCACUGCAUGUCAUCGUUGCUCUUCCCGAUGGGUACCCACAGGACAAGCCGCCGAAUGUUACAAUAUCGACCUCGCCGCCGUGGUUGUCAGGCGAAAUACUGCGUAAGCUCGAGGGCGAUGCCGAGAGGCUAUGGAAAGAAAUUGGUCGUGACCAGGUCAUCUUUACAUAUAUCGAUGAUUUGCAGCAUUCCACUGAAAACGUGUUCGGCUUGGUCGACGACAAAGGCACUCUGGAAGUCGCACCCGAGCACAAGAUAGCCAUUCUGGAUUACGACAUCAAUGCUAAGCGGAAGUUCUUCGAAAAAGAGACAUUUGAUUGUGGUAUAUGCCUGGAUCCCAAGAAGGGCGCGGUAUGUCACAGGAUGCUCGAUUGCGGUCACGUCUUCUGCGUGCAGUGUCUACAGGACUUCUACAAUAAUGCAAUUACGGAGGGAGAUGUUUCCGCCGUUCAAUGUCUCGAGCCCAACUGCGCCAAAGAACGAGAGGGUGCCAUCGGACGUUCUGCUACUAAGAGACGGAAGCCGAAAACAUUCUUGAGUCCCAGUGAACUAUUGCAAAUCCCGCUUGACCAGGACAAGGUCAAACGCUACGUGACACUCAAACACAAGACGGAGCUCGAGUCGGACAAGAACACAGUCUACUGCCCCCGGCCGUGGUGCCAAGGUGCGGCUCGUUCAAAGAAGCACAAAAAGCCCGAGGGUCUCGAGUUCGCCGAAGGCUCUGAUGACGAAUCUGAUGAUGAGGACGCCACAGGAGGUGCCGACUACCAGGCAGAAAAGGAGCUAUUGGCUAUCUGUGAGGAUUGCGGCUUCGCCUUCUGCACCCGAUGUGCGCAAUCGUGGCACGGGGAAUUCAAAUAUUGCAUACCAAAAGAACGAAAGGAAGCGAUCACCGAGGAGGAGAAAGCUUCGCUGGAGUACCUUUCCAAGAACACCACGCCGUGCCCAACAUGCGCCGCACCAUGCCAGAAGACUCACGGCUGCAAUCACAUGCGUUGCUUCAGGUGCCAAACACACUUCUGUUACCUGUGUAGUGCUUGGCUUGACCCAAGCAACCCGUAUCGGCAUUUCAAUAUUGCGCCAUCAGGGGAGGUGAAUGGCUGCUAUAUGAGGCUGUGGGAAGCGGAAGAAGGUGACGGAGGCGGUGCCGGUUUUGAUCACGAGCAAGAUGAUUUUGAUCGAAAUGCGAACGUCGCAGCCGGUCAGAAUGGACAGCAUCCGGAGGUUGUCCUACAGAUUGCUGGAAAUGAUGCGGCUGGCCAUGACGCCCGAGUCGCAGGUCCAGGAGUGGCACCGGAGCCGCGUCAACAGCCGCUGCCAGAAGCCCGCCACCUUCCGCCACCUAGACAACAGCCUGACGGAAGGGCUGCUGUUGCUCGUCGUGAAGGACCCCUCGUCCUGCGAAUUGAGGGUGAUGCGCCGCCAGCUCAAGGGAGAGGAGCUGUCGGUCGUCAGCCGGGCCCUGGAAUUCCAAAUGCACAUGUGCAGGCGCGAGAGCAAGCGGUGAAUGAAGGUCAACGAGGGGGCCGAGGCAACAGGAGAGGCAGAGGUCAAGGGGUAAAUCGGCAGAACAACAGGAACCGGCCUCAGGGACAGAACCAGCAACCGAACAACGUUGGUCGCCCUGGCCCAAACAGGAUUGGGGCGGGUGACCCGCUCCGUGAAGAAAACGAACUGAAUCCGCAACACGAGGCUUGGAUUCGUCAAUUCGUGCAGCUGGCUCUGAACGAUCAGGAAGAUCUGGUGGACUGGGAUAGCGAUGAGUAG